UGAAAGCAGCUGUCAAAUGGCUGUAAUAAACUAACCUAACAUUACUGUUGUCCCUUCAGUUGUCCCCGAUAGUGGAGCUGGAAAAGGGGCUUCGGGACGGUACAAAAUGUACCAAAACGCGUGCGGGGCAGCUGCCGCCAGCGCAGGUGGUUGCGUUGAGACAGACAAAGAGUGCCACGGGUUGAUCUCCAAAGAGCCUCUAGUUCCUACUGUAGAACAUGACUACAGUGGAUUCGAUAUUGUUAAAGCCACACAGUAUGGUGCCUUCUCUCGAGUUAAAGAACUUAUUGAAGGAGGACACAAUGUCAAUGAACGAGAUGCUGAGAAUGUUACUUUACUGCAUUGGGCAGCCAUUAAUAAUAGGAAGGAGAUCAUGCUUUACUUCAUUGAUAAAGGAUCAGAAGUGGAUGCUAUAGGUGGCGAACUAAAUGCCACCCCACUGCACUGGGCAACAAGACAGGGACAUCUUGAGGCAGCUGUCAUAUUGAUGAACUCGGGAGCUGAUCCAGAUCUCAGAGAUGCUGAAGGAUGUUCUUGUAUCCAUUUGGCAGCACAAUUUGGACAUACUGCAUUGGUGGCGUAUUUUGUGGCCAGAGGCGUCAACCCUGACUGUACUGAUCGCGCGGGUAUGACCCCGUUAAUGUGGGCAGUAUGGAAAAUAUGCAGUUUGGACCCCACCAGAUUGCUGAUUACACUUGGUGCUUCUCCAAAUGUAACGGAUCAACAAGGGAACACGGCUCUACAUUGGGCCAUUCUUGCUAGAAAUACCACAGCAAUUUCUACGUUGAUUUUACAGGGCCGUGCCAGCUUGAAUAUACCUAACCACAGAGGAGAUACACCACUGACAAUGCUACAGACGCAUUUAGGCGCUAUGUGGAUGAGCCCUAAAGUUGUUGAUAUGGUGAAAGAACAGACAUUUGCUUCCAGUACUGCUAGAAAUUUUUUAAAUAAAUUGUUAAAAGAUAAGCGUUUGAGAUGGUGGUGCAUGGUGGGUACUCCUUUCAUGGCCUUCUAUGCAGCAGGCGGUAUUUUAGCUACAGACCAAAUAAUACUUAUUAAGAUUUUUCUGCUUGUGUGUUUGUAUAUAAUCAUCCACUAUACCGGACAGCUCUUAUUUGAUGAUCGAUUGAUGGGUUUAUUACCAUUAAGCAUCUACCUAUCGACAAAAAUGUGGUUUUACUUCACCUGGAUCAUCUACAUUAUGCCCGUCGUAGGGAUAGCGCUCACGCUAUUUUUCUUAAUAAGUUCGACGCUACUAUGGUAUUGUUUCCUUAAUUCGUGGUUAGGAGAUCCUGGUAUAGUUACUACUUCUCAACAGUUGCAAUUUAGGACAAUUAUAGAGUUAGCAGAGAAGGGCCCAGGCGGAUUCGAACCGUCAUCUUUUUGUUCGGCUUGUCUAGUUAGGAGACCAAUCAGGUCGAAGCAUUGUGCUGUGUGCAAUCAUUGUGUUGCAAGGUUUGAUCAUCACUGUCCGUGGGUAGCUAAUUGUAUAGGUGCUAAGAAUCACAAACACUUCAUAGGCUUCCUGGCAGCUCUAAUAUUAAUGUGUUCUGAAAUGUUGUACGGUUCAUACAAAUAUUGGCAAAACGAGCCAAGCUGCAAUGCUACCAGUGAAGAAAUUUGGCAGAAAGUUGUCACAAUUGGCAGGUGCAAUACUUGGGUGGCGUGGGUUAGCAUCAAUGCGUUCUUCCACUGCAUCUGGGUGUUCAUGUUGUUAGUUUGUCAGUUAUAUCAGAUCUCAUGUCUGGGUAUGACAACGAAUGAACGCAUGAAUAAAGGGCGAUACGCUCACUUCAUCAUGAAUGCUGGAAAAAGCCCAUUCACAAAAGGCAGCUUCCGCAACCUGAUCGAGUUUUUCGAGUGUACCUGUUGCGGCCUGCACAAGCCCGAAGUGAAAGACUGGCUCACUAGUUACGAUCUUGAAAGAAACAUCGAACACCAGCCUUUGCUUAGGCACAGAGACAACUACCAGUAUGUGUGAGAGUGAGGAAUAUUGCAAGUGGAGAGUGUUAGGUAGAGAAUGUGAGAAGAAUGUUAGAAAAGGAUAAAGGUAGGUUGUUCUGACUGAACAUAGAACCUUCAAAUGAAAAUAUAACUGACGUUUUGAUGGUGCAGAGCACGGCUAAGCGAAUUUACACAAGAGUUUGAAAAGCAGAUUCUUAAAUGCAUUUAUGCAUAUUAGAUCAGACUAUAUAGACGAAAAUUCAUGAAAAAAUAUGGAGAAUGUAAAUAUGGUUAUUUACUAGACUCUCUGAUAAAGUUGCAGAAAACAUUCCUGAUUGUAAUAAUUGUCGAUAAUAUUCUAGAUUUAAAUAAAGUUUAAAUUAUUGUUACUUGUAUAUAAGGCACUUUUGCUAGGAUAACGUUAAAGUUUUUAUAAUUUAUACACGUCUAUUUAUAUCAUAUACAUAAAGCCUAAUUAUACAGGAUGUUUAUGAAGUUGCUGGCCAUACUUCAAGUGAUGGUUCUAAGAAGAAAAGUUCAGAGAAAAGCUUAUACACAGUGGACGAUAUGUAGCUGACUGGUUUGUAUCUUGAAUAUUAGUAAAAUGAAAUAAAAAGUCCAUUUUUUCAUCUUAAUCUUUUAUCAAAAC